AUCGGCAUCAACACACAACAACCACCACUUCACUCUCUCUUCUUCUUCCCUCUGCAACACUGCUCUGGAAAGCAAGCAACAAGCAAUCCAACUACAAUACAAUAAUACCAACAGCAACCGACCAGCGCACACACACACACACACACACACACACACACACACAAGAGAAAGAUCCGCAGCUUGGACUUUGAAAACAACCACCACAACAGCUCGACACAGCUUCCAAUUAAGCCAAUUCAGCUUCGCGUCAAUCAGACCAUCAACCAGUCACUCCAUUAGCCCACCCGGCCCACGCUGAGCUUGCAGCCUCGAGCGAGUUUUCCAGACUACACAACAACAAACCCACACACAACCGACAUCAUGUCUUUCGAGGAUUGGGCACUCCAGUUCUGCCUCACCUGCGACAAGCAGACUGAUGAUGGCGCUGCCUACUGCUCCGAGUCCUGCCGCCUGGCCGACUACGAGACCAACUCUGCCUCCAGCUCCGGUCCUAGCUCCCCCAGCUUGAACGGCCCUUCCUUCGACUGGUCUUUCAACAAGUCUACACCAUCGAGCAACCAGUCCUACCUCUCCCCCGCUUCCAACUUCAGCACCCAAUCGAGCAGGACACUAUCUCCCUCGAGCUCGCACACUAGCCUUUGCUCUAUGAAGAGCACAUCAUCAGCGGGCCUCAGCCACAGCCACUCUGGCAUGUCUGAAAAGGCGGCCAGGGAGCUCCAAGCAUAUGCCCACUCGUUCGAGUCCGUCAGGCUGCAACGCAGGCGAUCUUCCAACUAAAAAGAUCGACGCACCAUUCACACCACUACCUUGUUUAUUAUCAGCGACUAUACCCCUCACCUCACUCGACCACUGUUCAAGCAUAGAACAUUACACGACUCGACUCGGCCAUCUUGUUUCGUUUGUUUCUUUACAGUUGUUAUAUCAAAAAAGGCAUACAUCGGAGCACAGCAUCAUAAAAAUGUCUGGGUCAAACCUCGGGGAUUGGGAAUCUGCUUUUGAUUGUUUUUCGCAAGUUCAAGAAAUUCGGCGCAUGGGCGGGCUUCAGCUUUUUGGGGUACUUGGAUGGGAGAUAUUCCAUGUACCGCAUCGAUACAUAUUGGGUCGACUACAAUUUUCCUUUAACAAAGCACUUGCAUCUGGGAAGCCGGGAGAUUUGGUUGUUUGCUAGCUAUGGGUAUGGGAUACGCGGGUCAGACUCGGCUCUGGCAUGAGUUGUUAAGGGACUUUUGCUGGGCAUUUGGAUCAUAUUAAAAGAGGCACAACCUUAUCAGUGCCAUGAUAGCAAUUAUUUAUUGUAUGAUUGAGCGGAGGAGUUGGAGACGGGAUAUCAUAACAUUGCAAGCGGCAAAAGAACCGCGAAAAAGAUGAUCCUGAACUAUUUUUUGGUCAUGGACCUGAAUGAAUACAAAUAGCCUUCACCAUGC